UUGACUCGGAAUACUGUUACACUGACAGGCUGAUUUUGUUUUCUUUCCUUAUUUCGUAAACAGAAAUACAUUCUUUGUUAAAAUUCACUAAUUCGACAAUCAUGGAAAAGGAAUUAGACAAAGUAGUUGAGGAGAUAAUGUCGACUCCUAACGUGAGUGGAUGUUUAGUGGCGGAUCACCAAGGAUUAUGUUUAGCUGCUAAAGGCACAGCGCACGUUGACUCAGCGGGUAUAGUAGUGGCGAUAUCGGAGCAGGCGUGUAAAAUACAACCGAAUUUGAAGCCUCCCACCGUCUGUUUGGAGACAGACAAGAAGCAGUGCUUGAUUCAGCGACACGGAACCAUUACGGGAGCGAUAAUCAAACAGAAAUCGUAGCUUUGCUGUAACUAGGCAGGAUACACACAAGAAUCGACUAGACUGGGAAAAAUUUAUUGACAAGUAAUUGUCCUCGGGAAGUGAUGGAGUCAGUAAAUUACUAAGAUUAUUUAACUAUAAAAUGUUUAAAAUAUAAAUAACCAUAUAUUGUAAUAUGUAACUCAUAACUCUAUGUAAAUAAACUAUUUUAUGUUAUA